CGCCCGGAUAGACGCGGAGACCUACAGCUCCACAACGGCCGAUGUGCGCGGAUCACACAUCUGAUCACGGAUCAUUUCACGGCUUUGCGUCGACACACCAUCCGCGGCGUUUACGCGACGUCCGUUCCCCAUCAUUCUUCACUGGUGACAGCAGGCGAGCGCGGAGCAGAACGGGAGGUGAUGGGAAUAAGAAACGGCGCGUUUUUAUUACAUUCCUUUCCGGAAGAACGAUACCCGCUUUCGUCGUUCAUAUUUUAGGAGCGCGCGCAUCCCUCUCCAUGCAUCGGACGUAGACUUUGGGAACGCGGCAGAGUUUUGCCCACGGCGUCUGAACGGGAAACCAACAGUUUUCACACUCGGAACGGUAAUCGGCGUCUCGUCGGUGCUCGUCGGUUUGAUCUUUGGAUGUAUCCUUCAAUGCGCUCGUCUCUUGGAGUGAUGUGCACCGUGCCAAACGAACGUAGAUGUUGAGAAGCGACCCUUGACGCUGCGGUUUGCCGGGUUAUCUGCACGGAUAUGUGUUGUUUUAUUCACUCUGCGCAAAAAACUUCAGUGUUGCACUAUUUGGCAACCCGCGUAUGUGAGAGCAUCUGUAGACAGCAGCAGCGUGUUUGGAGGCACAUUGAUGUUCUCUUGUAAUGUUAAGCAAACAGAUGUUUAAAUGUGUAUCUGUUUCAAAGCUGAAUUAAUUUUAAGGCCAUUAAGUUUCAAUUUUCAUUUCAUAUAAGCAUUAUUAUCAGUGUGUUGAAAGCGCAUUGUUAAUAUUUAUUAGACACUAUAAUUUGGUGCUUUCAUUUUUAAGAUUGGGUGCAUUUAGUUUCUCGGAUGAGAUGACGACAGGAAGCUGGUUAAAACGCCACACUGAUGCGCAACGACGCUCUUGCUGUGUGCACAUAUGUUGACGCAACCUGUGGCCUCUUAAACCGAUAGAUUAGGGAAGAUUGUGUCACUUUGUCCAGUGUAGAGUUAAGGUUGCACAACAGCGCUGUUAGUUUUGCUUUCUGACCGAUACGCGAGUUAGUAGACAUAAAGAGCAUCUACCGUAUAGCACUGUAGCGGGAAUAGUGGAAAGUUUCGAUGGUGUUUCGAAAGUUACCCGGUGUCUCCGCAUCGGGCAUGGGGCUUCGUCUCUCUCAGAAAUUCGUGUUUCUUCUUUUUCUGUCGGGUUUAGUAACGCUGUGCUUCGGGGCACUCUUUUUCUUACCCGACUCCGUGCGCCUGAAGCGGAUCUUUCUCUCCAAAAAUGAGAACCCGGCGGUGACCGUGGGCUCCGACAGCGACGCCCGCGAGCUUUCCAAAAAGGUGCCCGGAGACCAAGAGCACCAACGGGUGGGUUUAAAGGGUGCCGAGGCGAAUGUUAAACUGAAAGUGAGCCGCAAGCCUUCGGUAACCCAUGGAGCGAGAACUGUGGAGAGAUCUGUUGGGAGUAGGACGCAGGAGGACUUGAGCCCGGCGAGGGCGCACGAACAGACGCCAAAGGACGAGCGGGUAACCACGGGCGCUCAACACAACGUCGGAUUCAACUAUGAGAGUUUUAAAAAGUGUCUGCAGAAAGCACCAUUGGGGAAGGACCAGGGAAAGCCAUCAGAUCCUCAGACGCUUCAGAGGAGAGAGAAGGUCAAAGAGAUGAUGAAGUUUGCCUGGGACAACUAUAAGCUUUACGCCUGGGGCAAGAAUGAACUUCGACCUCUGACAAAGAAUGGACACAUUGGGAAUAUGUUUGGUGGUCUUCGAGGGGCUUCUAUCGUGGACUCUCUGGACACACUUUACAUCAUGGGUCUGAUGGACGAAUACCAAGAAGCGAAGGAAUGGAUCCAAAACGACCUCGACCUGAACUCGAAUGGAGAAGCGUCUGUGUUUGAGGUGAACAUUCGUUACGUCGGUGGUCUUCUGUCGGCGUUCUACCUGACCGGAGAUGAGAUAUAUAAACAGAAAGUGUUGGAGUUGGGUGAGAAGCUCUUACCUGCUUUCAAUACACCCACCGGCAUUCCCCGAGGAGUCAUUAACCUGGGCAGCAGUGGCACCAGUUGGGGUUGGGGAUGGGCGUCGGCCGGGAGCAGCAUCCUGGCGGAGUUCGGCACGCUGCACCUGGAGUUUCUUCACCUGUCUGAACUCUCUGGAAACCCCACGUAUACAGAGAAGGUGAUGAACAUUCGAAAGCUGUUAAACAAAAUCGAGAAACCUCGUGGACUGUAUCCCAACUUCUUGAGUCCCGUCAGUGGAAACUGGGUCCAGCAUCAUGUUUCUAUCGGAGGUCUCGGCGACAGUUUCUAUGAGUACCUCAUUAAAUCUUACUUGAUGUCAGAUAAGACUGAUGAAGAAGCGAAGAGGAUGUACUACAGCGCUAUGGAGGCCAUCGAGACUAACCUGGUGCAGAAAUCUCCAGGUGGGUUAACUUACGUGGCCGAGUGGAGGGGCGGCAUCCUCGAUCAUAAGAUGGGUCAUCUGGCCUGUUUCUCCGGCGGGAUGAUCGGCAUCGGUGCUGAUGACGCAUCUCAGGAGAACAAACAACAUUACCUGAACCUGGCAGCUGAGAUCACACACACCUGUCACGAGUCCUACAGCCGCACAGCCACUAAACUGGGACCGGAAGCGUUUCGCUUUGAUGGAGGAGCAGAAGCGGUUGCCACACGACUGAGUGACCGCUACUACAUCCUGAGGCCAGAGGUCAUCGAGAGCUACAUGUACAUGUGGCGUUUGACCCAUGACCCCAAAUACAGAGAGUGGGGCUGGGAGGCAGUGGAGGCGUUAGAGAAGUACUGUCGUGUUGAAGCAGGAUUCUCAGGAAUCAGAGAUGUGUACUCCAGCACAGUCAGUCAUGACAACAUGCAGCAAAGCUUCUUUCUCUCCGAGACCCUCAAAUACCUGUACCUGCUGUUCUCGGAUGAUGACCUGUUGCCCUUUGAGGACUGGGUCUUUAACACGGAGGCUCAUCCGCUGCCCGUCAUACGCAAGAGCUGUCAGCAGGAGCACAACACCAGACAGACGUCGCUGGAGUAAUAUUGACCAUUCCACACACACACACACACACAUGAUAAUGCAGGGCCUGACGUGGACUGUCAGUUUCUCUCCUAUGAAGGAUCCGGUCCUCUUUACGCUGUGAUUGUGAAUCUCUGAGCCGACACGGCACUUUUCUCCUGUGGACAAUCAGUGACACGUGACUUUCGUGAGACGAGAACUCUGUUUUCUUUGCUUCUUUCCUCCGUGAGGAACACGAACGGCCCCGCAGCCGUGGAGGGUCAUGGCGAGCGACAGAAAACCACUUUUCUUCACGUCCCGCCUGUAAUUUAUCUUUUUCCCUUCAUCCCUUCAUCGUGUAUUCUGUUCUCACCUCUUCUGCCAAAGCCUUUAGCGUCUUAUUUCUGUUUCUCUCCCGGCAUUGAUUUGUUCUUAUGCGGUUUCAUGUCCAAUUUCGUUUUGUUUUGGAGGCAAAGCGAGGACAGGGGUAUUUACAAAAAGUUUCCUUUGAAAAAUGUGAGCGUGAAAGGUGAAAUAUGAGUUUUGGUUCAAGAAGGAAUGAGAUUGUUUUAUGAUGUGUUGUUUUGUGUUCGAGUGAGUCGUAAAUCUCCGUUCUGUUUUUUAAAGACCAAUAGCAGAACACAGACGCACUUACAGCAUGUGACCACUAGAGCGGCGCCAUCACCAUCAGCCCUUUAUCAUAUAUUCAAAUAUGUUUAGAUGGAUAUUGCAAUGUCUUUUUUUAAACAUUGUAGAAAACAGAUUAUUUUAAACCCGGUUUUCACUCUUCUUCAGAAUCUAUGAACAUUUAAAUCCUUGUGUAGUGUUCAGGUUUAUAUUAACAAUAAAAAUGAUUUAAAUAACUGGGUCAUUUCCACCUCACACAUAAAAUAAACAUCUUUUUCACUUGUAUGAUCGAUUCUUCUUUUUUUUUAUAAUACCACCUUUAUUCAUAAUGUAAUGGAACUUGCUAGUAAUCGGAUUAAAGUAAAUAUUUGUGCUUUAUUUUUACAUGCAGUUUAUUGAUUUAAGAGAUGAAUAAUACUGUGGGUCCACUAAACCUGUGAACAAAACAUGAACACCACACCAGGGUUUUUUGGCUUAUUUUGUUCACAGCUAUCAAAGAAAAUGUAGCUCAUGAAAACAUUAACGAUGUGAAUACAUAAAUGAUUUUAAAUCCUCAAAAUGAUGUUGAUUUCAUCCAAAAUCAUGUCAAAAUCAUGUAAGAUCUGCAGAUACCAGCUUCCAACACUGUUGAGUUGAAAUAAUGAAAAUCGUGUUUGUAUCUUUUUAAGUCAUUAGAAACAUUAAGAAAGGUUUUUUUUAGCGAUGGCACGCAGCUCUACUGGUCACAACGAUCUGAAAACAUCCAUGAAUGUACAGAUUAGCAUUACUGAUGAAUGUACGCAUGUGUGAUUCAUUCAAUUCAUUAUUCUGUCAUUUCUCUCUCUUCUAAUUUGUAUGGGCGUUUGCUAAAAAUUUUAAUUUUCCUCAGCUGUUUCUCUAAAGGUUUUGAUAACACUUUUUUUGCACUAUGAAGUGCUUGCCAUUGUUAAUUUUUACAUCUUCUGUCUCUCAUUGAUUAAUAUUUUCAAGUACUGGUAAAAGAUAUGUGGCACUUUA